AGAGAGAGAGAGAGAGGAGAGAGAGAGAGGGUGAUUGAGCCGAGUGCGAUACAGCUCGAGUUGAGUUACGUCGCCUCCGCCCAUUUAAUCUGAUCGGUCCUCCGCGCCCGACCCAGUCCGAGCUCAUCCUCCGAACUUCUCACUUCAUCGUCCAAGGAAGGAAACAUCUUGAGAGAAAAUGGCCAACCGCUUGGACUUCAUUAUUUUUGGUGCCACUGGUUUCACUGGGCAGUAUACAGUUGAAGAAUUGAUUCAUUUGUCGGAAGAGAAGCCUGCCACAUGGGGAGUGGCUGGACGGAACAAAUCUAAGUUGGAUGACUUAUUAAAGAAGAUUGGCACAAAACUUGGAAAAGAUUUAUCAUCAAUUGAAGUCAUUGUUGCUGAUGUGGAUGAUGCAAAGGCUUUGGAAGCAAUGGCUGCUCGGGCCAAAGUGGUCAUCAACUGUUGUGGUCCAUACCGCCACUGGGGGGAGCAAGUUGUGAAGGCCUGUAUUGCUAGUGGGGCACACCAUGUGGAUGUCAGUGGAGAACCACAGUAUAUGGACCGUAUGCAACUGGAACAUCACGAUGCUGCUCUUCAGAAGGGUGUCUACAUUGUCAGCGCAUGUGGUUUCGACAGCAUUCCUGAUGACUUAGGAUUGGUGUUCCUCCAGAAGCAGUUUAAAGGGGAUCUAAACUCUGUUGAAAGCUACAUUGAUGGAGAAAUUGAGAAGCCUCACACUCCUUCGGGUGCUCUUCUUCACUAUGGAACCUAUGAAUCGGCUGUUUAUGGAAUUGCACACAAGCAUGAGUUAGGUGCCUUACGGCGCAAACUCUUUCCAACAAGACUCCCACAAAUGAUGCCGCCACUUAAGCCACGUGGACUUCUGUUCAAGAGUGAAGUUUUGAACAAAUGGUGUAUGCCCUUCUUGGGUAGUGACAAAUCAGUAAUGCAGCGAUCUCAACGCUUCUUUUAUGAAUCUGAGAAAAAGCGGCCUGUUCAGAUUCAGACAUACAUUGGUUUCCCAUCGCUGUUGACUGCCAUUGGUGCUCUGUUCUUCGGUGCCAUUUUUGCUGUAAUGUGCCAAUUUUCUUGCGGACGCUCACUGCUUCUCAAAUAUCCCAAAUUUUUCUCUGCUGGCUGUGCAAGCCAUGAAGGCCCUUCUGAGGAAACAAUGAAGAAAACUCUGUUCUCUGUGACUUUGGUAGGAGAGGGCUGGGAAGAGCAUGUUGCAGAAGCUACUGAUGCUCAUGAUGGGCCCCCAUCGAAACGUAUGAAAGUUAUUGUCAAGGGAAGGAAUCCAGGUUAUGGUGCAACUUGCACAUGCCUUGUGCUGGCAGCCUUUGCUAUUCUCAAGGAGUCCGACAAGAUGCCUGCCCAAGGUGGAGUCUACCCUCCAGGUGCUGCCUUUGCCAAGACCUCCCUCAUCUCUGACUUGAACAAACAUGGGGUCACGUUUGAAGUUAUUGCUUGAUUUUCUUGUCUUUUAUUCUUCUCAAAGACUGAUUUUUGCAUUUUCACUUCUAACAUUGUCAAAGCACAUGCUUCAAUUAUUUGACUGUAAUGGUUUGGUGUAGGUCAUUUUAUGCAUCUGUUUAAUCUAAAAUAUUUUAAUACUUGUUAGCCAGUUUUUUUAUCAGUUUUAAUUUCUAAGUAUGUUAAAUGAAGCA